ACCAUCAACCGCCAACCAUCAACCGCCAACCAUCAACCGCCAAUAUCCUCCUCCAUCGUCAAUCCUCGUCGUCAAUCAUCAGACAGAAUCAAUAGCAUUGUCAUUGUGCACUUCUCUGAUCCACGUGCUGUUUGUACCUGCUGACUGAUUCAUUAUGUCUUUUCGACUCGGCGAUUCGGCAGCUGGAACAAAAGGGCUACGCUCGGCUUGCAACGGCCUAUAUCGACCUUUUGAUUCCGCACUUUGGGAUGGAUUUACCAAUCGAUAUGAACAUCAUCUCCGUUGCUGAAUUGAAGGGCCAACGAGGCCAAGCAAAAAGGGGGGCAGUCACCUGGUAUCAAUAGAUAUAAGUGGCUGUCCAUUGAUUGAUCUUCAAACGCCUCCAUUGAAGGGUUUUGUGUUACCGAGGAAAGGGUCCUGUCGACGUCAUAUUUUGUUCCGGCCCAGCACGCGUCUUUUUCUUAUCGAACUUUCGCCGCCCACGACCACGCACGACCACCGAGAAAUUAAUUCUGAAACUACCGGACGAGCAGAGGAGUAUGCAAAAUAUAGCCUCGAAUAGGAGACGAAUAGACCACGUUGAAACACACCGUGCCGCCGAGAUUCUUACAGAGAUUAGAGCCAAUGGACUAACUGGCCUUCCUACCAUCUUAGCUCCCGCACCAGAAAGUUGCGCGUGACCCGCCUUCCGUCUUUCCUCCAAGGCCGGUGGCUAGAAAAGUGAACCCCAACCCCUCCUCUUGACACGCUCUACUUUUUUUCUUUACCUCUUCCACACAUACACUCAUAUAACUGCAGCCAUCCAAGCUCUGUUUGUCCCCAUUGACUCUACCCCUCCCUCUUCUCAAUUGACACAGAGAAGAAUCAUAUCUCAUCACUUCACUUCGCAUACCAUCGGGCGAUAACCCCCACCAACAACCCCUCAUGUCUCCCUCCGCCGUAUCCGCCACGCCUCCCCAGGCCGUGGUGCAGGGAAACCCCGACCUGAGCGCCGACGCCGUCAAGGCCAAGCUCAGCAGCGCCGCCUCCCUCGCACCCCUCGACGCCUCAAAGCUAACCCGCACCCGCACCACGACCCCCCGCACCGUCCCCGCCCUCGACGACCCCAUCCGCAACGUCUCCUCCUUCGCCACCGACCACAUGAUAACCUGCACCUGGAACGUCAACUCCGGCUGGGGCAUCCCUGAACUCAAGCCCUACGGCCCCUUCUCCAUCAUGCCCACAGCUUCCGUCCUCCACUACGCCACCGAGUGCUUCGAGGGCCUCAAGUGCUACCGCGGCUACGACGGCAAGCUGCGCCUCUUCCGCCCCGACUGCAAUGCUAAGCGCUUGCUCAUGUCAUCUGCGCGCAUCGCGCUCCCCACUUUCGACACUGCUGAGGUGGAGAAGCUGAUUACCGAGCUCGUGGCUGUGGAUGGGGAUAAAUUCCUGCCUAAGUCCAAUGCGGGGAAGUUCCUCUACCUCCGCCCGACGAUGAUUGGCACGCAGGCUGAGCUGGGGGUGCAGACGCCUAACGAGGCCAUGCUCUUCAUCAUCGCGACCUACAUGCCCGAGCUCUCCGAGACACCCGGCGGCAUGAAGCUGCUCGCUUCCCAGAACGACAUCGUGCGCGCGUGGCCGGGGGGCUUCGGAUUCGCCAAGGUAGGCGCGAAUUACGGGCCUAGUCUGAUGGCGCAGCAGGAGGCGCGGAGGUUGGGGUAUAACCAGGUCCUCUGGCUUUUGGGGGAUGAGGCGCAGGUUACGGAGGCGGGAGCGAGUAAUUUUUUCACGGUGAUGAGGACGAAGGAGGGGAAGUUGCAGUUGAUUACUGCGCCGUUGGGGGAUAAGGUUAUUCUGGAUGGUGUGACGAGGAGGAGUGUGAUUCAGCUUGUUAAGGAGAGGUUGGCGAAGGAGGGGGGGAGCUGGAGGCGCUGGAGGUGGUGGAGAGGCAGUAUACUAUGGGGGAGAUUGUGGAGGCGUCGGAGGAGGGGAGGUUGAUUGAGUGUUUUGCUUGUGGGACGGCUUUCUUCGUCGCACCAGUGUCCAAAAUCCACUUCCGUGGCGUCGAUAUCGAUGUCCCAAUGGCCCAGGGCGAGGUUGGGGAUUACACCAACGUCAUCAAGAACUGGCUCGUGGAUAUCAUGUAUGGUCGCGAGGACCACCCAUGGGGCGUGGUUGUUGAGGAGAAGGAGGUUUAAGGGGGGUGUCUGUAUAUGAUGAGGGAUGAGAUAAGAUGGAGAUGAUGAAAGAAAACAUCCAUGGCGUUUUGUGAGGGAGCUUUUGCCUCCUGGAGGUGGUUUAUCGAAGCGGAAGAUUUUGAUAGACUACGCCUGAUGUUUUGUGGAUGGACAUGGAAAAUGGGCGGAGGUUUGAGAUAAAUAAGUUGGGUGGUUUUUUGGUUAUAGACUAUGAAUAUACGAUCUAUCCAUAAAAUCUCUCAUACUGGAUUGUUUGUUAUGAAGCAUGGUGUAGGAGAUACUGACAAGGGGAAGUGGUG